AUGAUUACAAGUAAUUUGUUGUAUUUGACAGAAGAAGGAUUGAGUGUUAUUAAAAAUGGAUCACCAGAAUAUAACUUAGUUCAUAAGAUUAAGAGUUUGGGUCAUUUAGAUCCUAAUGAAGUUGAUAAAAUGAUAAAGACAUUAGCAUUUAAAAACAGAUCUAUUAAAUUAGUUAAUAACAAACUAGUUAUUAAUGAAAUACCAAAGAAUGAUUUUGUUAGUGAUUUAUUAAAAGAAAUUAAGCUUAAUAAUGAUAAGUCUAAAUAUGAUUUAAAGAUAAUUAAUGAACUAAUAAAAAGAGGGUUUGUUAAAUCAAAGAAUGUAAAUAGUUAUAAAAUUAUGAGAGGAGAAAAGUAUUUUAAUGAGAAUGAAGGUGAACUUUCUGUCUUAACAAUUGAUCAUGUACAAAAAGGAAUAAGUGAUUUAUACUUUAAGAAGUAUAAUUUUGAUACAACUGGUAAAAUACCUCAGUGUGGUUCAUUACACCCACUAUUGAAGAUGAAAGAUGAGUUUAAAAGAAUAUUUUUAGAGAUGGGUUUCCAUGAGAUGGCAACUAAUCAGUAUGUUGAAAACUCAUUCUGGAAUUUUGAUUCUCUAUUUCAACCACAAAAUCAUCCAUCAAGAGAUGAACAUGAUACUUUUUUUGUAUCUAAACCUGUAAGUGCUAAGUUAGUAAAUGAUGAGUAUCUUAAUAAAGUAAAGAACAUACACGAGAAAGGUUAUGAGAUGGAAUGGGAUGUUAAAGAAUCAGAAAAAAACAUUCUAAGAACUCAUACAACGGCAGUAACAGCAAGAUAUUUAUACGCAUUAAAUAACAAUUUUACUACUGAUGGUAACAAAUCAUUACAAGAUUUAAAAGAUUUGAAGGCAGGAAAGAGAUUCGAACCUGUGAAACUUUUUAGUAUUGAUAAAGUUUAUAGAAAUGAGACAGUAGAUGCCACUCAUUUAGCUGAAUUUCAUCAAAUGGAGGGAGUAAUAGCUGGUUAUAAUUUAGGUUUGGGAGACUUAAUGGGAAUUAUUAAAGAAUUCUUUAAUAGACUGGGUAUUUCUAAUAUAAAAUUUAAACCAGCUUCUAAUCCUUACACUGAACCAUCACUAGAAGUGUUUGGAUAUCAUGAGGGACUUAACAAAUGGAUAGAAAUGGGAAAUUCAGGAAUAUUUAGACCUGAAAUGAUUGAGCCAAUGGGUUAUUCAGAUGACAUCACUGUACUAGGAUGGGGUUUAUCAGUAGAAAGACCAUCAAUGAUCAGAUGUGGACUUAAUAACAUUAGAGAAUUAGUUGGACAUAAAGUUGAUUUAAGUUUUAUUAAAAAUAGUGAUUUUGUUUUCUUUAAAUAA